CAUCUCGCGUACCCGAAACCACCYGGAGCGAGCCUCACCCGCGUUUACGCGCUCGGAUCGAACGCCGUAGCUAAAAGCUAAACUGCGAACAGCAGCAGGCUAUCAGGCCCAGAUCGUUCACGGAAUCAACCCGUCGGUCAUUUUGUUCAGGCGGACCUCCGACCGGCAGGGAUUAGAAAACGUGCCAGAUCAUAUGUGUUUGAACGGGGACAGAAAAUCGCAAGAUGGUUCGGGAAACCAGACACCUCUGGGUGGGAAAUUUACCCGAACACGUUCGCGAGGAGAAGAUUGUGGAGCACUUCAAACGGUAUGGCCGUGUGGAGAGUGUUAAAGUUCUGCGAAAGCGAGGGUCAGAAGGGGGUGUUGCAGCCUUUGUGGAUUUUGUGGACAUCAAAAGUGCACAGAAGGCUCAUAAUGCUGUCAACAAGAUGGGAGACAGAGACCUUCGGACUGACUACAAUGAGCCUGGGUCAGUCCCUAAUGCUGUGCGGGGCCUCGAAGACAGCUCCCCUUCGAGCAGUCGAGACGUUACAGGAUUUUCUAGGGGAACAGUUGGUCCAGUGUUUGGCCCACCUGUAUCCCUGCACACUCGGGAGGGACGUUAUGAACGGAGAAUAGAUGGUAGUUCAGAAAGCCGUGAACGUGCGUAUGACCACAGCCCUUAUGGACACCAUGACCGCAGUGGGACGUUUGACAGACAGCGUCACUACAAUGCCGAUUAUUACCGCGACCGCUCUGUGUUCGCAACUGCUGGCCCAGGAAGCAGUGCCAUUGGAGGAAGCUUUGAGGCAUCAGAUCCACAUUUUGACUCUAGAAUACGAGAUCCGUUUACUCUUACUAACUCAACACGACGUGACCUGUACAGAGAUGACAGAGGGCGACGUGCCGAUCGAAACUAUCAUAACAGACGAAGCAGAUCAUCUCAUUCCUCGCAGUCGAGGCAGCCGUCGCCUCAACGGACCACAGGGCAGACCUCCAAAACACCUCAUUCCCCCAAAAGAACACCCUUAUCUCCUGGGAGAGGCCCGAGAUCGCGAUCUCACAGCAGAUCUUCGAGCUCUGACUCUAUCAGCAGCACCAGCAGCACAGGCAGCGGCAGCGACUCAAACAGCAGCUCAAGUGAUGGUUCUCGGGCGCGCUCCAUUCAGUCCUCAGCUGCGAACGCUCCUCAUCAGUCCUCCAUGAUCCUAGAUUGUGAAGAGCCACGUCGAAGCUUUGGAAUUAAAGUGCAAAACCUACCAGUGCGCUCCACAGACACAAGUUUAAAAGAUGGCCUCUUCCAUGAAUUCAAGAAGUAUGGAAAAGUGACCUCGGUGCAGAUCCACGGAGCGUCAGAGGACCGUUAUGGUUUGGUGUUCUUCAGACAGCUAGAAGACCAGGAGAAAGCCCUCGGUGUUUCCAAAGGAAAGCUGUUUUUUGGCAUGGUUAUUGAGGUCACUGCCUUCAACGGACCUGAAACAGAGUCUGAAAAUGAGUACAGGCCUCUGGACGGACGGGUUGAUGAGUUCCACCCAAAGGCUACGAGGACGCUUUUUAUAGGAAACCUUGAGAAGAGCACAACUUAUCAGCAACUCCUUGACAUCUUUCAGCGGUUUGGAGAAAUUGUUGACAUUGACAUCAAGAAAGUGAGUGGAAUUGCCCUGUAUGCCUUUGUUCAGUAUGCAGAUAUUACCAGUGUUUGCAAGGCUAUAAAGAAAAUGGAUGGAGAAUAUUUGGGAAACAACAGGCUAAAGCUUGGUUUUGGGAAGAGUAUGCCCUCAGCAUGUAUUUGGCUUGAUGGUUUAACCCCCAACAUCACGGAACAAUACAUCACACGGCAAUUCUUGCGCUUUGGACAUGUAGUUAAGGUUGUGUUUGAUCGACUAAAAGGGACGGCCCUCGUCUUGUACAACAACACAGAUUUUGCUCAGGCAGCCGUUAGGGAGACCAAAGGCUGGAAAGUCGGUGGUAAUAAAAUAAAGGUGGAUUUUGCAAGCCAAGAAAGUCAGGUGGCAUUCUACCGCUCCAUGCAGGACUCUGGUCAGGACAUCAGAGACUUCUAUGAAAUUCCACCUGAACGACGAGAGGAUCGCAGACCUCCCUAUCAUGAAUUUACUGCAGAAAGAGCUUACUACGAGAACAUACGAACCCCUGGACUUUACCCAGAGGAGGCACGAAGAGACUAUGCUGCACGCAGCAGAGAGCGCUUUCCUGAACUGGAACAUUAUCAGGGGGAUCACUUUGACCCACGUUAUCACGAAGACCCAAGAGAAUACAGGGACUACAGAGACCCCUUUGAACAAGACAUCCGAAAAUACACAUAUAUACAGAGAGAACGAGAGAGAGAAAGGGAGCGUUUUGAAGCCGAUCGUAGCAGGUGGAGCCCAUCUCAUCCCAGGCGUGCGAUCACUCCCACAGUAUCAACGUCCCCAUCUGAGCGAGCUCCUCGAGACGCUGAACGGCGAGUUUACAGCCAGUCUUCUGAAAGAAGUGGUAGCGUGAGCUCAUUGUCACCUCCACACUUUGACAAAUCUGAAAAGACCCUGCAAGAACAUACAUCAAAAAGUGAGAAGAGUACUCAACCAGAAUGUGUGGCUGGAACUGAAAAAACCAAACGUCCAAAACGAAAGGAUAAAGCUGACAAAGAUAAGGCUGACAAGGGCAAAUCAAGGAAAUCGAAGGGCCAGUCCCCAUCUAAUCCUCUACCAGAAGCAGAGCUUGAAGCUGGUUUUGAUGGAGUGUCUGGAAAAGGAAGGGGAUCAGACCAAGAUGCUCCUGAAAGACAGAAAUGUAAGGUUGAAAGUGACAUUCUAUCUGGAAACCAGCUGACAGAUGCUCAUCAAGACUCUGUUAAAAAUGAAAGAUCCGAAAUGAGUAAAUGUGAUAAUUCGGAGCUUGAUGGAAAGGCUCGACCCAAAAAACAUUCAAAGUCCGACAUCGGAAGUGAUGGGAAAGAUUCGUCAGUAGAUUUAGAACGCCUUGCUGCAAGAAAAAGGCGAUUUGCUGAUACUGGUGGAAAGCCCGUGCCGGUAAAGAAAAGCAGGAACGAGGAAGACGAAGAUCUGUCUUCUGAACUUGGUGCCAGUUUCGCUUAUUUGAAAGAACAAGAUGUUGACAAACAGAAAGAUUCACAACGGAGAGAUGCACGACUCAAAUCUGAUAAAGGUGGCAAUCAAAAAGAUGGUCAAGAGGACAUUAAAGUGCAACGGGAGAAAGCUGAAGGAUCUUUAGAAUCACUGGAGUCAAAACGACAUCCAGGAAGUUCUUCAUCAAGAAGGGCCUCACAGGAGGGGAAUUCAGAUCAAAGCAGUGUAAGAGAACAAGACCAUGCUGCAAUUAAACCUAAUCAGAAUGCUGAAACGAAUAAAAUCACCAAGAACAAGGAAGAUCAUGUUGAUAUUGACCUGUCUCAGAGUUACCGUAAGCAGAUGGAACAGAAUAGACGCUUAAACCUGCAGAAGCAGCAGCGCGAGUUUGACAAAAAUGAAAAAACAGAAAGUACCCAGAGAAAUGAAGCUGAAGACUUGGAACAUCGCAGUCUUGUGCAUGAAGUUGGUAAACCACCUGAGGAUGUCACAGACACUUUUCCAUCUCACAAACCCAAAAAAUCAGAUCAGUUUGACACAGAGUCUGGAAUAAAGAGAGAGCGUGUCUACAGAAGACAAAGCAAAGAUCCCGAGUGGACCAGUGUGCCUUCUCCAGGACACCAGCUCUUUUCUCAGCAUGUAGAUGAAGGGUAUAUAGAUCCUUCUCAAAAAGAAUUGGGUCGAAAUGAUGAGAAAGUUCACCCAGAGCUUGAGCUGUUUGUCAAAAGAACACACAGCACACAGGUGAAUAAGCCGAUCACUCCGGUAAAUAGUGUUGAAGAAGAGCAGCAUAAGAGAUGGGAGAGCAGAGGUAAACAAGACUUUUUACCUAACAUGAGCUUUUCAAGAGGUCUGAGUAAAAACAUUCCCAAUCGCAAGCAUUUGGAGUAUGGCAUGUGGCAUGACCUGGAGCCCGGGGAAGUACGAUCAGACUCUGAAGAAGACCGAGAAGUCAAAUCCCACUCUCCCAUGCCCUCCACAUCUAUUCCUCUUUCUGAAAGGCCUAGACCUGAUAGGUUUUCAGAUCCCAAGCUUGCACACCUUGAAAGAAACAAAUUCUACUCUAUUGCUUUUGAUCAGACCAUCACUCCGGAUACAAAGGCUCUGCUAGAACGAGCAAAAUCUCUCUCUUCUUCUCGAGAAGACAACUGGUCGUUUUUAGAUUACAAUCCCCACUUUGCAAAUUUUUGCAACACGAAAGAUACAGAGAAAGUAGAAUCAACACCAAGACCUACGCCCCCUUGGUACAAGAGAAAGAUCAGAAGUGGAUCCGAAGACAAACUUGAUGACAGGAAAGAAGAGCCUAAACCGGAGGAGCACGAACGCAGGGAACUCUUUGCCUCACGCUUUCUCCACAGCGCUGUGUUUGAGCUGGACUCCAGACGACUUCAGCUCCUUGAACGCAAACAUAAAGAACUUGAGCAUAUGCUAAAUCAACAAGCUAGUCAGCAAGGGACAGAUGGUGAACUUGAAACUGGGCCAGUUGUUCUUUUCCACAGUCGAUAUUUGGAGUUCACUCAACUACAACAACAGAAGAACAAAACUCAGCAGGUGCAGGAGGACAAAGGGGACACCACAAACACAGAUAAAAAGAAAGAGAAGACACCUGAUUCAGAACAACAAACUGUGCAGUCUCCCAGCACAGCAGAAUCUGUAACAGAGACAGAAAUUACACCCAUUACUCCAGCUGAAGAAGUGAUUCCUGAACAAAAACCUUUGCUUGUUACUGGCCCCACAUAUGUAAACAAGGAUAUGCCUCCAAACAAGGAUAUGCCUCCAAACAAGGAUAUMCCUCCAAACAAGGAUAUUCCUCCAAACAAGGAUAUUCCUCCAAACAAGGAUAUGCCUCCAAACAAGGAUAUGCCUCCAAACAAGGAUAUUCCUCCAAACAAGGAUAUGCCUCCAAACAAGGAUAUGCCUCCACCAGAUGAGAAAUCUGUGACACAAAAUCCAGCCCCUGAAGUGUGUCCACCUGUUGCUUUAAUAAAAGAUGAAAUAAAGGAGAAAAUAAAACAAAGUGAAGUUGAACCCAUAAACCGUUCACCAACGGAGAUGUUCGUAAAAUCAGAACCUGCAUCUACAGCAGUCUCUGAGCCCAACUAUUCAUUUUUUAGACCUAAACUUUCUCCAACUCUAGAAAAACCUGACACUCCUGAGGAUGUGAAACCUCCAGUUAAAGAAGAAACCUGUCACCCUGAACCUAAUGAAGAGUUGGUCUUCAAGUCAGAACCAGAGCUUGAUCCUGAGACAACUCAGCCAGAACCAGAGGUGCCUGUAGCUAGUAGUCCAGUACAUCCUAGUUUUGUAGAAGAGAUGGAUGUAACAAAGAAAGAAACCUAUCCUAGCUGUGAAAUCGCUGUUGAGCCUGAAGAAGAAAAGAACGUUCAGGUUAAUACAGACCAUAUACCUGUUACAAAUGACACAAAUGAAGAGACGAUCCCCUCUCAGAAAGAGAAUAAAGUAAAAGAAAUUAAAAGUAAAAAGAGCAAACAGUCUCCUGCUCACGUUGCUCAAGUACCUGCAACGCCGGCCACAGUUUCUGAAAAACAGGCGACACGCAAGAGUGAGCGCAUCGAUAAAGAGAAGCUAAAACGAGGCUCCUCUCCAAGAGCUGAACCAAAGUUUUCAAGCAAGUCUCCUAUUCAUGGAUCAGAACAUGACGUUUUCGAGUCAAGCAUACCGUUAGGAAGAGCGAGACGAGAGAGAAGGAACGUUAAAUCUGUUUAUGCCACCCCAGUUGAAGAUGAUGCAUCAGCUCAGCCUCGAAAAGACAUUAUGGAGUCACCACGCUCUGGACGAAAGCGAGUUACGGAGAAAGAUGUAGUGCAGCAAAGCACCGAACAAGAAACUCCUGCUCCAGCCCCUGCAGCAAAACGGGGCCGUCCUCCUAAGAACCGCAAACUAGUAGAAGAGAGUUCAACUGCUAAGGCAGAAAAAAUUAAAUUGGACAACAAAGACACAGAUUCAAAUGAAUCAGAAAGUGGUGAACGGAUUCAAAAAGGUCCUAAAGGAAAAACAAUUCCUCAAGUCACAAAAAGUUCAUUAAAUCCAUUGAUCUCUGCUUCAGGAUCUGUGUCGACAAGAAAAGCUGACAAAACUGAGAUAGCUGAUGAGACACAAGAAAUCCCAUUUACUGAUCCACAUUCUUUGGUAGAUUCAUCAAGUUUGAGCAAAGAGUCAUCUGUGAAAAAUGACAACUCAAUGAAAGAUGAAAAAAUUGAACUGGGCAAAGAUGUUCUACAUGAAAAAGUUGGUGAGGAAACAUCAAAUGGGAAAGGCACAAAUUGUCUGGUUGAUGAGAAACCUACCUCAGAUAAAGAAAGCAUGUCGAGAGAGAGAAUGAAGCCAAGCAGGACUCCAAAGUCUCCUGUGCUCAAGAACCUCAAAAUCAGACUGAAUGUCACGGAGGUCAAAGAUCUUCUUCAACUGGGUGAUGAAGAACUUGGGAACCAAGAAGAGACAUCAAAAAAGAUGAAACCUGGUGAUCUGAAUGAUGCUGUUUCAAAGAACACAAAUACCAACAAAGGAUGUCCCGAUGAAGAAAAAGAUUCAAAGGAGCUUGAAACCACAAAGAGCUUGAUCUCACAGGAGCGAGAACUGGAGCAGGCGGUAGAAAACAUUGCCAAACUUACUGAUCCAACUUUUUCAGCAGAACCACCCACUUCACCUGUUCUUCCCGCAGUCACAAAAAGUGACACAGAAGAAGAAAAACCUUCUAAUCCCGCCAGUGAGACAGAACUGAUGGCUGCCAUUGACUCAAUAACUGCUGAAGAAGCCAGCGUAUCUCUUCCCCUAGCACCUCCGAUACAAACCGAUGUAUGCCCAGAACCUGAGGUUCAGGACCUAAUUCAUCCUGUCAAGGUGAAAGGGCAAACAAAUACUUGUGCUAAACAAGAGGAACCUGCCUUCCCCAACACACCAAAAAAGGGCAACAAGGGAAGACCAAGAACACCUAAACGCUCUAAAGCUGCAAAGCAAGUGAAAAAAGAUCCAAAAGAAGAACAGCCGCUAAGUGAGGAACUGACAAUMCCUUUACCUUCAGAUGCAAAGGUUGUGUCUGAGACACCUCCAGCAGCAGCUGCUGCUGCUGUUAUUACCUCCACUACUUGGAAGCCAGAACCUGAGUUUCCAGCUGCUUCAGAGUCAGUGCCAUCUUUGGAAGAGCAGAAACAACCCCUGAAAUCUUUGUACCCUCAGGCUAAGAGUCCAGUAUUUCCAAAGCCUCAGCAGUUGCCUCCUGACAGCAUUUCCCCUGCUCUGGCCUCAAACAAAUCAAACAUCAGACCCAUUCAAACAAAUAGAGCCGCUCUUUCUCCACCUGACUGGCGCCAGCAAGCUAAAGAUACGGGUGUGUCUUCUCCACACGUCACGUCAUUGGCGAACAAAGAAAGCCAACCAACAUCCUCGGACUCAGAGAAAAUGAGUAUCGAUCACGGCACAAGACAGAUUGUGAUGAAAACUAAACCUGGUUCCCUCCAGGGUAAUCUUUCUGGUUCUAGUAAUCUGCCCAACCUUCGAGAUCCGAACCUAUCUGAAAGCAGUACUCCACACACAGCUGUUGUUCCAAACAAGUCCCCACACCCCGACAGCAGAAUCCCAACUCAUUCAGCACCGCCAGUUCGACCUCCAGUGUCAUUGACAUCAUCUGAGACAAAGUCUGUGAUCUCUGUUAUUGCAUCGACUGGAACCUCUGUCAUCAGUCGUGUUUGCAACCCUCCUGAACCUGAGGAAAAGGUCAUCUUAAACAUUGGAAACCCCUGUUUAGACAUGGCUUUACCCAAAACAGCCUACAGACCAAGUAAAGAUGAGACUGGAUCAUACCAUGGGCCGUCUGACGAAGGGACAAGCGCUCCACGUUUUAUUGUUGAGAGCCCUGCUCUUACCGGGUCUUGCUCUGGUCUUCGAGUAAAUACGUCUGAAGGAGUGGUAGUAUUGAGCCACUCAGGCCAGAAAACAGAGGGACCCCAGAGGAUUAGUGCCAAGAUUAGUCAAAUCCCACAAGCAACAGCAGGUGACAUGGAAUCUCAGCAGUUAGUGUCCAUGCCUCAGAUUAAACAGGACAUGUAUGGUCAUUCUCAAUCAGGACAUCAGAAGGGACCUUCAUCACAGACAGAUUACGGGCAUUCUGCUAAGCCACAGUCAGCUCUGUCGAUUAAACAUGAAAGCAGUAGUUUGGAAAAGAUGGAAUCUGCUUACCAGCCUCAAGGAGUGGUGAAGCGCCUCACGCAGGGUAACCAGCAAGUAAUAAGUUAUCAUCAAGACUACAUGCCAUUAAAGCAUCCGAAGAAGAACGAUGGUGUUGAUUCACUUAGUACAGAUGGAGCAAAAUCAACUUGGACCUCCACUAUAAGUCCUGCAAUAAGCCCCCAUUUACCCUCUCCACCUGGAAACCACGUAGGUUUUGUUACGUCAGCUGGUGACAGAACUGCUUCGCAUCUAGGCACGAUCAAACCUGAACCACGGUCUCCACGCAAGUCUGGACAUCCACACUCUCCAUUCACUAAGGUGUCCUCGCCCAUAGGUUCCUCCUCACCCAAAGGCAUCCCUGUGAUGUUAUCCUCCGGCCACCCUGCCAUGCAACAGUAUAUUACUAGCGUGCAUCACCCAGAGCAGUCGGUUAUUAUGCCACCACACAGCGUGCCUGGAGGUUUAGGACGGAUGUCUCCUCACUGUGUUUCCCAGUCGAUUCCAGUCGGUCAUCUAGUUCAAGGAGAUGUUCGAGUCAACACUCCACCUUUAUCUGUGAUGAACUACGGGAUGCACAGUGACACGCUCGCCUGGUCUGGUCCUCUGCAGCCUCGGUCUUCCCCACCCCAGCCUGCCGGCAGAGACAAGGUUCUCAAAGUUAACCCUGGUUCUUUAAGGAGUCAUGAGGGUGAACAGGAGGAUUCCAGGCACUUGCACCAAACUGGAAGACCACCUGCCUCGAUGUCAUCUGAUCCUCGUGGGCCUCUGAGGAGUAGUGUUCCAAUGGAAACCUACAUGGUUCAGCGAGACAUGCGUGUGCUCGUGCACCAUCAGGGGGAGCGGCUGAACCCAGACCCUCACCCCGGACACAUUCAAGAAACUCUAAACCCGUCUCUGUCUCCCAGAGCACACAUUUUGCCUAAAGGUGUCUCAGAGAAAGAUAUAGCAAAGUCACUAGAAGCAAAGAGGCCACACUCUCCUCUUCCGAAGGAUGGGAUGAUGGGGGUCCGGCAAGCUGGUCCAGCUAUGGCGUCUCCUCAGAGAGUUCAGCUAAUGCCACCAGGACCAGGUGGGUCGUACUCAGAAUACUCGGCGAUGUACUCAAACCGGAUCCAUUCUAAAAUACCAGAGACACCUGUUGGACAUAUCCAGCCACCACUGACUGUCACACAAUCUAUGGGUGCAGACCUUCAGACAAAACCAGAUGGCAAGAUGACGCAGCCUGUUAAUAUGGUGCAGUUGCUUACGAAAUACCCUAUUGUGUGGCAAGGCCUUCUGGCACUGAAGAAUGACACAGCUGCAGUCCAGUUGCAUUUCGUCUGUGGGAACAAAGCUCUGGCUCAUAGGUCGCUGCCUCUGCAGGAAGGAGGUGCUCUACUUCGGAUCGUCCAGAGAAUGAGACUAGAGGCUUCACAGCUGGAGAGUGUAGCCAGAAGAAUGACAGGGGACAGUGAUUAUUGUCUCCUCCUCGCGUUGCCUUGUGGACGAGAUCAAGACGAUGUUAUAAACCAAACUCAAGCGCUGAAGGCUGCAUUUAUCAGCUACUUGCAGAAGAAGUUGGCAGCUGGUAUCAUCAAUAUCCCCAACCCAGGUUCCAAUCAGCCCGCCUAUGUGCUUCAGAUUUUCCCACCCUGCGAGUUUUCAGAGAGUCACCUGUCGCAGCUCGCCCCCGACCUUCUAAACAGGAUCUCCAGCAUCUCACCACACCUGAUGAUUGUCAUCACCUCUGUGUAAAUGCCACCGCCGGGACCCUUCAGUGGAUCCUCUCACCCACCAGCCUCAGGAAAACAGAGGAAUAUAUUUUUUUUCCUGGAUAUAAUUGGGAAUGUAUAGGAUCUAUCCUAUGAACUUUUUUUUUUUUUUUGCAACAGCCUUUUUUUUUUUUUUGCUCGUCACUCCUGUCUGGUAUAUUUGUCCUUCUCCAAAGAACUCAGGGAUGGAACAAACCAGAAUGAGUCUUACUUGACCAUUUCUCUGCUGUAUUUCUAUUUAUUGAAGUUUUAUUCUGGUAUUCGGAGAUUCUCUGAAGAAAAAAAAACAAGAUUCUAAAACAAGAAUUGGUGACAUUUCUGGGUGGCCUGUUUUUUCAUUUUUUUUAAAUUGUCAUUUUCAUUUCUUCACAGGAGAAUCAUAGAAGCCAUUGCACUUCAGUGGCUGAGAAGACAUUUGCAUUUCAGCCUGUAUUUUUAAAUAAUUAUGUACAGACUUUCUCACUCGGGUUUUCAUCAAAGGAGGGAGAAUCAACUUGUAAAUCUAUGGACACCCUGUUGAGGACCACGUUCAUUUAACAGCUCCUUCAACUCCACCAGCUCUGCUCGGUUUGGGACACUGCUGAAGCGAGCCGGUAACGAGCCUCAGUACGACGGUGAGGGGAGUUUGAGUACUUUGUAAAUAUUUUAAAUAUUUAAACCUCAAUGGAACUUGGACUGUUUGACAGCGACUUUAACUCUGGGACUCACCAGAACGCAGAGUGUCAGGAGAGAACUUUAGAUGGAACAUUAAUUUUUUUUUUGUGGGGGGGGGGGUGUAAAUAAUUGUAACACAAGAAGGUUGGCAGACUUGAUGUGGCGUCUGCUGAUAGCACUUCAUAUUUUGUAACAAAUAAAACUAAAGAAAACCUGAA